CAAACGUUUGAUGAAAGAGGCUGCAGAACUGAAGGAUCCUACAGAUCAUUAUCAUGCACAGCCUUUGGAGGAUAAUCUUUUUGAGUGGCACUUUACUGUUAGAGGCCCUCCAGAUUCAGAUUUCGAUGGAGGGAUUUAUCACGGGCGAAUAGUACUACCACCUGAAUAUCCCAUGAAACCACCCAGCAUUAUUUUGCUGACGGCCAAUGGCAGGUUUGAAGUGGGGAAGAAAAUUUGUUUAAGCAUCUCAGGGCAUCAUCCUGAAACAUGGCAGCCUUCAUGGAGUAUAAGAACAGCUUUACUAGCCAUUAUUGGAUUUAUGCCAACCAAAGGUGAAGGAGCAAUAGGAUCUCUAGAUUAUACACCAGAAGAAAGAAGAGCUCUUGCAAAGAAGUCACAAGACUUCUGUUGUGAGAUGUGUGGCACAUCUAUGAAGACAGCCCUCUUACCACUAACGUCUGGAAGCGUGUCAAGCCAGGCGGCCCAGGAGGCUAAAGAACUUGCCAGACAAAUUAGCUUCAAGGCAGAAGUCAAUUCAUCCAGGAAGCCUGAUGCUGGACCCUCAAACACAUCAGGACUGAACCACUCUGCCGCUUCACGUGAGCCUCAGCAGGAUGGUGCAGCUAGAGCAUUCCAGGAUCCAACAAGUGCAACGUCUGAAACUCAGCAUAGCAGUGCAGCAGCCAGUCAAGAGCAUACUCCGCCUGUGUCCACUAACACGUCCAUGAGUCCGCGGCAGCGCCGUGCCCAGCAGCAGAGUCAGAGACGGGCUCCAUCUUCAACUGACUUUAACCGGGUACAGCAACCAAGAGUCAACAUGAACCACACUGGAUCAACUGUUCUGAUUGUCCUUCUGACUUUUGCACUGGCAGCUCUUAUAUUUCGUAGAAUAUGUUUGGCUAAUGAGUAUAUAUUUGAGUUAUAAGGUUGUUUCUGUUGUAACAGCAGUGGCUUGAAUGCUUCGUUGAACAUUCUGUAUUGGGUAUGACAUGAGAACUGUUUACAAAG